UUCCUCCUCCUCCUCCUCCUCCUCCUCCGGCGGGCUUCCUCCAUCUUCUUUCUCCUCACAAGCCGGCAAAAGGGGAGGGGGCCCCGAGGCCUGUCUCUGGCGUGGCCCAGCCGCCGCCUCCCUCCCUUCCUGCCUUCCUCACAAGGCACCCGGCUCCCUCUGUGAAUGGGAGCGGCCUCGGCAGCGGAACGAGAAGGAAAACACCCCGCUUCGGAUGGAAUGAAUCCUUGUUGAAUGCAUCUUCUCUUCUUUUUGGAGUUUACCUGUGGAAAAGAGCUGUCCUUUGGUUGGAGCCACUUUGUGGCAAACCAAACUGUGGACCUCAAACUCUCAGAGCUGCUUGACAAGGAGACCACCGAGCGACGUUAACCUGACACUACAGCCACCAUGGUGCUGUCGCAGAGGCAACGGGAUGAGCUAAAUCGAGCGAUAGCAGAUUAUCUUCGUUCUAAUGGCUAUGAAGAGGCAUACUCUGUUUUUAAAAAGGAAGCAGAGCUUGAUGUGAAUGAAGAGUUAGAUAAAAAGUAUGCGGGACUCUUGGAAAAAAAAUGGACAUCGGUUAUAAGAUUACAGAAGAAGGUUAUGGAAUUAGAAUCAAAACUCAACGAAGCAAAGGAAGAAUUUACAUCAGGCGGGCCUCUUGGUCAGAAGCGAGACCCGAAAGAGUGGAUCCCUCGUCCUCCCGAAAAGUAUGCCUUGAGCGGACACCGGAGUCCUGUCACAAGAGUAAUUUUCCAUCCAGUUUUCAGUGUUAUGGUGUCUGCUUCAGAGGAUGCCACAAUAAAGGUAUGGGAUUAUGAGACGGGGGAUUUUGAACGAACUCUGAAGGGCCACACAGACUCUGUGCAGGAUAUUUCCUUCGACCACAGUGGCAAGCUGUUGGCCUCCUGCUCUGCGGAUAUGACCAUUAAACUAUGGGAUUUCCAAGGCUUCGAGUGUAUAAGAACCAUGCAUGGUCACGACCAUAAUGUUUCUUCUGUAGCCAUCAUGCCCAAUGGGGAUCAUAUAGCCUCCGCCUCAAGGGAUAAAACCAUCAAAAUGUGGGAAGUUCAAACAGGCUACUGUGUGAAGACAUUCACGGGGCAUAGAGAAUGGGUCCGCAUGGUCCGGCCCAACCAGGACGGCACGCUGAUUGCCAGCUGUUCCAACGACCAGACAGUGCGCGUCUGGGUGGUAGCAACCAAGGAAUGCAAAGCCGAGCUUCGGGAACAUGAGCAUGUGGUCGAGUGCAUCUCCUGGGCGCCGGAGAGCUCCUAUGCCACCAUAUCGGAAGCUACGGGAUCGGAGACUAAGAAGAGUGGUAAGCCUGGGCCUUUCCUGCUUUCUGGAUCUAGAGACAAGACCAUCAAGAUGUGGGACAUUAGUACUGGCAUGUGCCUUAUGACUCUGGUGGGCCAUGAUAACUGGGUACGUGGCGUCCUCUUCCAUUCUGGAGGGAAAUUUAUUUUGAGCUGUGCCGAUGACAAGACCUUGCGUGUCUGGGACUACAAGAACAAGAGAUGCAUGAAGACUCUCAAUGCGCACGAACACUUUGUUACCUCGUUGGAUUUCCACAAGACAGCCCCCUAUGUGGUCACUGGCAGCGUAGAUCAAACAGUAAAAGUGUGGGAGUGCCGUUGAUUGAGUCCACAUCCGACGACCCACUUCCCCCUUUCCCUCCCUCUCUGGAUGCACUCGGAUACCAUGAUUACCCAUUGAGCUCUGUUUAAAAUAAAUAUUGUCCUUUCAUGUAAAUUAUUCUGGAUGUAGAUUGAGCUUAUUAAAUGUUACACACAAAGUAUUCAUGCAUGGUGAAUCCAAAUUGUAUACUGUAAAUUUACAUACGUUGUCUAGAAGUACCAUAGGUUUAAUAAGAACAUGGGCUGGCAUUGGUCACAUCAGACCUGACAAGGCAGAAACGCUGGUUGGUCGUCUUUGGGGGCACUUAAACUGGAAAGGCAGCAAAGCCGUUCUGUGCUGGAUCGAUUGGGCACCCGUUUCUCCUCUUUGUGCGGGCGGCUCUUGUGCGGGGUGUUUUGGGGGGCAGGCGGGGGCUCCUUCAGAAACACGUUAUCUCUGUAACAUCACUUAAGUGUGCUUAUGAAACCUACGGAUGCUAGAUCAUCAAGGCUGCAACUUAGAAUCUUACAUAAUGAACGGAGAGAAAUUAGAAAUGUCCGGUUUUUCUUUUCCGCCUCUAGUGGGACAUUUGCCAAAUCAAUAGGAUCUCUUUUUUAUUAUUAUUAUUACUACUAUUUUGGCUUCCUAUCAGGUUGAAAUAACAGAAGGAGACAAAUGUUCAUACUCGUACCCUAGUCGGAAGAGAAAGCUUGAUAUGAUGUGAUGUGUAAUUAUUAUUAUUAUUAUUUAAAAUUUGGUCUUUGGUGUUCUGUUGGGUUCUAAUGCUUCCCACGAGGAGGCGGUGAGUCUUGCGUACAGUUAAUUCUCACCGGGGCAAGUUGGAUUUCAUCUCUCCCAGUUGACUCCCUGACGGUUUGGCACUUUCCCUGACGGCUUCGGUUUGUUGAGUUGGCACAUCAGUUUGUGGAGUGGGCACUUCGAAAGGUGGCUCUCUCUCCAGCCCCCUUUUUGUCAGUGUGAGUGUGUCAUAAAAGGGGGAUAAUAUUUGGACGAGCCAGUUCUUCCCAGUGAGUGAAAGCAGAGAACAGUCAGGUGGCACGGUACGGGUGUCUCUGAAUAUUGGGUCUUGAGCAGAUUUUGGAAUAUAGAGCUAACGGUCUGACUUAUUUUAACAAAACACACUUUAUGAGCUCUGUAAUUUUUUAAUGACUCCCGCUUUUUGAAAAGAAGAAACAUAGAGGAGGGGGCACCUUAUUUGGAGAGUUUCAAGAGAAAGAAAACAGACUUUGGUUUGCCCAUGUAGAAGAACGUUUUUGUCUCCAUUUCUUGUGCAAAGGACGGUAAAUUUAGAAGUAGGGAGUCAGGUUUGUUUGACCUAAAUUCUGCAAUGUUCCUCAAUAUUAAAAGAAACCACAAAUCAACACUUAUCUUCGUUUUUAAGCUUUUCUUGCAAAAGAAAAUGCUUUUGUCUUUUGAGAAUUUCCGAAUCCGUUGUAACUGUGUUUGCGAACCAAGAUAGAGCCAGUCGGUUAUUCUGUUGCAAGGUACCUUACUGACAUGGGAAUUUGACCACUGUUUUCCUCCUUUUUUUCAAACUUUUCCAGUCUGUAAUCGGUUUGCAAUAGGGGAAGCCACCCUCCUUUCUGUGAAUGACUUGAAACUUGUGUAAGACCCGAAUUAAUUUGACAGCAAAGUCUCAGGGAAAGUGGUGGAUUGCAUCCGCAGAUAGAGCCCUAUUUGGAGAUGAUAGAAAGAGCGGAAAGGGACGGAGGGCCUGGUGGCGGCACAAUUUCGUUUUGGGUCCCUCCUUUUUGUUGUCGUUUUAUCUCCGGCUGUCUUUUCCUGUGCCUUUUUUCUUUUUUCUGCGAAGCGCGUUGAGGUUUGGAAAGUAGAAGGAUUUUGAGUCGGCCGGCACUUAGGAGCGUUUGGCGGCAGGGUCAUCGCAUCACCAAAGUCGGUUCUCUUUCAAACGAUGUCGCAGAAUAAUACUCUUCCUCUCUUUAUCUCACAUUCCAGAAUUGCAUGAACGGAGGGAAAAAUUUUAGACACAUCCUUUCUCUCUUUAUCCCCCCAAUCAGUUUUUUUCUUUGUGUGCAAUUUCGACACAAUCCGAAAUCCGAUGUCUCAGAACGUCUUGCACUUUACCGUAAUUUCUUUUCCUUUCUUUUUUUUGUCGAAAAGCCGUCCUGCUUUUGUGUGUGGUGUGACCAAUGAUGUGCCCAGAGCACUAAUAAUAAUAAUAAUUUUUUAAAAAAAAAUUAAGGAAAAAAAACACAGAAUACUAGUUGCUAGCAAGUUGUCAAGAGCUGUGGAGCACUGUGAUGUUUUGAAAGCUUUGGCUAUCGCUUCACCGAGCCCCCGACCCCAUCCGCUUCCGGGUCCCUUCGUACCCGGAGGCCGCGUCUCCUAUUUACCUCUUUAAUGUUUUUAAUGCAAGUCCAAUCUGUCUGUAAAACCAUCCCUUAAUGUAGCUUUCUCUCCUUUCCCCGCCACGCCUCACUCCCCUGCUCCAUUAUCCAGCCCAUGGAAGCUAAAUUUAGGUAAAUUUGGGGUUUCGCACACAGUAACUGGCUUGAUAAUCCCGAGACGGAUGCGUUGAGUACAGCCUUUACAGGAUUUUGAAUGAAGGAAGAGGAAUGAUUCUCUUAAUUCCAUACAGAGUCCAAUGUUGUUGUUUUUCCCCCUGUUCCUUUUUAAUACGCAGGGUACUUAGCUAAUGUAAAAUCUCUCCCUUAGUGGCCGAAAUGAUGAAAUUGGCAAAACCAGUUUGGGAGAGAAAAUUAGGGGGAGGUUGAGCUGGAUUGGCAAGUCGUGACUGGCCGUUUCCCAUCCUCUUCCCACUGUGUCCCUGUAAGUAACCACUUUCUCCUCCUAAGCAUAUCCUUCCAUCUCCCCAAAGGUUGUUCUGAAGAGAAUUAGCAAAAUCUUCCACGUUUUGAGACGUUUGAUCCUGACACUGACAUGAAGACCAAUGUGUCUUCAUUAUUACUACUACUACUAUUAUUAUUAUUUUCCAUGAGAUCGACGUAGCGGUUGCCAUUGGAGAAAGUUUCUUUCCUCACCCCCACCCCAGACUGUAGGAGUUAACUGAAGAUAUUGACACACUUAAAAAAAAAAGUUUCAAAAGAAAAUCAGUAAAGGAAUGUAUAUAAUACUGCUCUGUGUUUUACAGUAAGAUUUGUUGCUCUCAGACUGUGUAAAACAAAAUUUAUCCAUGUUUUCUGCAUAUUAAAACAAAAAAUCUUAUUGUACCAAUUGGUAAACUAUUAAAUGCAUAUAAAACUAAA